CUAACAAGCUAGAGCGAUCACAAGCAGGUUGUUCAGUACUAUGUUCUGAAGCUCUGCGUACACGGGUACACAGACAGAAAAUGUAACGGCUUGAUACUCUCGUGGUUUCUAGACCCUCCUCUUUGGCGAGAUCUGCGAGUUGAUUGGAAGUUUAGGCAAAAUACUUUAUGGUUGUAGUAGAUUGUUAGAGCGCGUAGGGAAACGUUGCUUAGAAGAAAGCUGUAUCUGCUUGUACUUAACGACAAUGUGCCAGUACUCGGAACAUUUCAUUGAAUUACUUUUAAGAACAUGGUAGACUGCGACCUGUCACGCGUGCUUUGUAUUCUGCGAUCAGUUUAUCCUGUUGUGCUGACCAUCGAGGAGUUUUCGCAAAGCAUAGUGUUCAAAGAUGGAAAGAAAGCUGUUUUAAUUCAGCCAUCUGACAGCAACUACAUCAAAACAUCAGCAAGAAAAGUAUUUAUUUGUACAGACAAAUUGUUGCACCAACGGGUGGCAAGCACACAACAAAUCUCAACACUGUCGGAGCUGCUGGCCUUUGUGUUGAACAGCGCUAAGAAGAAGAACAAGAGCAAUGUUCUGUGUCAUGGAUAUGCCCUGUGGGAGCACGAGUACAGGGAAGCCGACCAGUUGCGCUUCCAGGGAGAGCUCACGCAAAGCGCCGCCUUCAUCAACAGCAGCAACUUCUGGAAGAUUGUUAAUCAGAGACUGGGCACAGACGCCACGAGGUACCUGUUGGAGAGCUGCGCUGUGUUCAUGGCGGUGCCCCCCUCCUGCCUGUUUCAGGUGUGUGGGGUGCCCUUCUACAGCUGCCUCGCCAUGGAAACUCCUUCAGCAUUCCAUUUGGUCAACCAGAGAUCUAAGUUGCUGCCAACACUGCUCCCGUACAGAACAGGUCAUGUGAGUAGUCACACACAGAAGGGGAGGGCUGUCAGAGCCUGUGAUAGGAGGAGGAUGAGGAGGAGGAAGAGGGUGCUGUGGAAACGGAAAGGCAGUAAAGAGAAAGAGGAUGGGGAGAAUGAGGGCGAGGCGUCAGACAUUGGGCCAGUGCCGAAACGGGUGAGAAACCAGAGCACGGUAAACGGACAGAGGGCCGAGGCUUGCUGGAAAGGGACCGCUGAACAGCAGGAGGUGGGUCCAUGUUGGAGGGGGGAAGCAUCUAACCCCCAUACCCCUUCCCACAGUUUCAUCUGCACCCGUGGCCUGAUGUACGGGGGGAGGGGCCUGAAGGGCUUCCUACUCAACAGGAAGCUGAAGGGAGGAGCUGAGGGUUCAAAGCGCCUGGGAGGCCCAGACCUGAUGCGGCUCAUCUUCUUCGACAGGUUGCCUUGCUGGAGCAAUCACGAUGGGCCUCCAAAGAAACUGCCCAAACGCUUCCACGGCAUGGUGGACACCUUCAACCAGUUCCUCCUUCGACACAAGAGGUUUUCUUACAUGGGCCUUCUGCAGAAAGCCUGCCCCGUGGCUGUCGGGCGAGCGGAAGACCUGAGCAGUCUACUGGCUCUGCACUGUUCGCCCUUCAGGGUUUACUGCUUUGUCCGGCAGUGCCUCUGCUGGGUGGUUCCUGAGGAGCUGUGGGGCUGUGCCCACAACCGGGUUCACUUCCUGUCUCGUGUGAAGGCCUUCCUGUCCAUGGGCAGGUUUGACCGACUCUCCCUCUCUGAACUGAUGUGGAAGAUGAAGGUGAAAGAGUGUAACUGGCUCAAGAUCAGUAAAACGGGCCGUGUGUUGGCGAGUGAGCACCGGUACCGGGAGAGGCUGCUGGGUCGGUUUCUGGCCUGGCUGCUGAAGGGGUACGUCGUGGGUCUGGUCCGGGCCCUGUUCUAUGUCACGGAGAGCGGUGGCCAGAAGAACAUCUUGCGCUUCUACAGGUCCAAGGUCUGGAACAGGCUACAGCAGCUGGGCUUCAGCAAGCUGCUUACAAAAGGGCAGUGGGAACCCCUGACUGCGGAGCAGGGGUCGGCCCUCCCCAAAACCACAGUAGUGUCCUGUCUGCGCUGCAUCCCCAAGCAGGACGGCCUGAGGCCUAUCGUCAGGGUUGUGAGGAUGGAUGCACAGGCACGGUGGUUCCAGGCUCGUGUGAAGGACCUGCAUGCCGUUCUGCGGGUGUGUGUUGAGGAAAGACCCUCCUGGCUGGGAGCCACGGUGUUUGGGGUUCAGGACAUACACAGGGUCCUGGGUCAGUUUGCGGCAGCACAGAAGGAUAAUCCCCAACCUCUUUAUUUUGUGAAGAUGGAUGUGAGUGGGGCCUAUGACAGCCUGCCCCAUGACAAGUUAAUGGAGGUGGUGUGUGAGGUCCUGUCUCCGGUCCUGGAUGAGGUGUUCUCAGUGCGCCGCUAUGCCCAGGUGUGGGCAGAUUCCAGCCAGACUUUGAGGAAGGUCUUCCGCCGUCAGGCAAAAACACUGGCCAACACGGAGCUGUCCAUGAAGGAAUUUGUGAUGGGCCUUCAGAGGGAGCGGAAGAUUCACAGUGCCAUAUUGGUGGAACAGAAUUUCUCAUCAAACAUAUGUGGCAGAGACGUCCUGGAAUUCUUCAAAGAGAUGCUCUCGAACUACAUCAUUCAGUUUGGAAAGGAAAUGUUCCGGCAGUGCCGUGGGAUCCCACAAGGGUCGGUGGUGUCUGCACUGCUGUGCUGCUUGUGCUACGGGCACAUGGAGAACGCUCUCCUGAGACCUCUGGUGGAUGGAGGAGGGUGCUUAAUGAGGUUGAUCGACGAUUUCCUGCUCAUCACUCCUGAUCUCGGGAAAGCACAGACCUUCCUCACGACUCUGCAAGGGGGUGUGGCGGAAUACGGUUGUUUUGUUAACCCUCAGAAGGUGGCAGUAAAUUUUCCCCUGGAGGACGGCUACCCAGAUGUCCAGGUGCUUCCCUCCAGAUCCUUGUUUCCGUGGUGCGGCCUCUUGGUGGACACUUCCACUCUGGACGUCUACACUGACUACUCCAGUUAUGCUGGCCUAUCACUGCGCAGUAGCCUGACCCUUGGCUCCACCCCACACGCCGGGCAGCAGAUGAAGAGGAAGCUUCUGUCGGUCCUCAGACUUAAGUGUCGUGCCAUUCUCCUUGAUUUGAAGAUGAACUCCCAGAAGGCCGUGUGUCAAAAUGUUUACAAGGUUGUACUGCUCCAGGCCUUCAGAUUUCAUGCAUGUGCCCAGAACCUGCCCUUUGGUCAGAAAGUGAAGAAAAAUCCUCGCUUCUUUUUGCUUAUGAUAUGGGAGAUGGCCAAGGUCACCAGCCUGCUCCUCAGGCAGAGCAACCAUGGAGUACACCUACCCGUGGACCUCUGCUAUGAAGCAGUGAAGCUAAUGUACUGCGUUUCCUUCCUCUAUGUUAUGGCCCGUCAUAAGUGCCUCUACAAGCGCCUCCACUCACACCUUCAGAAGUGCAAGGUCCACUUGGAGAGGAAGCUUGGAGGCCUGAAACUAGCCCUUGUCCAACGUACAUUCAUGCCUGUAAUCCCUGAAGACUUCAAACUCAUUAAUGUGUAGAGGAACUGCCCUUUCCACUGUGAAUCUAAACACCAAUUCUUACCUCUCUGAGAAUGCUUUCUUGUAUGGACGGAAAUCCAGCAGCCAUCUGAAAUCUUUAUAAAACCCUGUGUUGUGGAAGACUUGCAUUAAAGGUAUGAUAGGUAAGAUUUUUGUCUUAAAACAUUAUUACAAGACCAUUGUAAAUCCCUUCCUAUCGUUGAAAAAGGCUCACUGACAUGUUGACUCACCCUCUGCCUGUGUUUAUUGUCCUUAAAUUCGGGUUUCAAAAUAUGCAGUUGAUGGGCCGACACACUGGACCAAAACAUCGUAUAGCUGUACAAUAAUUCAAGCUCAUUAGUUGAAAAUUGGUUCUAAUUGCCAGAGCCAAUGGCUUUUCAACGUCAGCGCGUUCACAGAGAAGGGGUGGGAUAAACAGUGUUGUGGUUUGAGCGUGUUUAUUGCUGCAAUUCCUCUCUUGACUGUUAGAAGUCCGAAAUUACCUAUUGUACCUUUAAGUGUUCUGCAGGGACUGUGCAAGGAAAGGUUUACAUUGUUACACAUGCUUAUUAUUGAUUGCAUUUAUUGCACAAUAAGCCGGGUUCUACAACACUCCCAUGCAUCUUUUUGCCACAAUAUAUUUUGUCUGUUCUUGUAGAACUGAACUGAAUUGCUUGUAGAAAAUUUGUUUCAUGUAUGGUCAGCUGUGUAUGAAUUUCAGUGAACUUUGGUUAACAGAAUACAUCAUAAAACACAUUACAACAUCAACAAUACAUUAUAAAAUCUGAUGUGCAGUUCAUUGUUUUGAUCAUUCAGAGCUUUGUAUUCUGCCUUUGUAUGUUUUCAGCCAUGAAUUACAGUAUUUCCUUAUUCUGCA